AUGCUUAAUUUAUUCACUCGACCAAAAGCCUCGAUCUUUAGGGCCACUUUAACCUCUCCAUCUUCAUUAUUGACACCUAUUGCCACUCCUUUUAUUCACCAAUCACCAAAUGUUAUUUCUUCACGAACCCUUUUGAAAACACACAAAGGUGCUGCGAAACGAUGGAAAAAAACUGGCAAUGGCGGAUUCAAGCGUGGGAAGGCAGGCCAUAAUCAUGGUAAUGUGGAUUGGAGUCGGAGCGUUGUUAACAAUGUUUCAGGAACCGCUUAUGCUAAGGGUUCGGGAUAUGGAAAUCACUUGAAGAAACUUAACAGACUUUUACCGAAUGCUUAG